CAGCGAGUGGCUAUGGCGCCGGGUGUGGCCCGGCGGGCCCGGCAAAAGGUCCGGAUCUUGCCGCUGGCCGGUGCGCGGAGCCGCUCGGCGGAGGACUGGUGGUGGGAUCGGCUGGCGCCGAGCGGCUCCGGUUACCACCUGCUGCAGUCGGACGGCAUGCUGCUGGUGUUGCCAGGCCCGGGGCCUGCCCGCCCCCGCGCGCAGAGGCGCGCCGCCCGCCGUGCUCAGCGGCUGCGGCUCCACGGGGCCCGCGCCGCUGUGGCCAAGGCCAAGCCCAGGACCGCACCCGCACCCGCGCCCGCAUCGCAGCAGGAGCCCGACCCGGGCUGGGGCGACCGCAUUCCCUUGGAAAUCCUGCUGCAGAUUUUCGGGCUGCUGGUGGCGGCGGAUGGGCCUAUACCCUUCCUUGGCAGGGCUGCACGCGUGUGCCGCCUCUGGCACGAGGCCGCCUCCCAGCCAGCGCUCUGGCACACCCUCACCUUGUCACCCCCGCUGGCUGGCCGCCCCGCCAAGAGUGGGACCAAGACUGAGAAGAAGCUUCUUGCUUCCCUGGAGUGGCUUAUGCCCAGUCGGUUCUCACAGCUCCAGAGACUGACUCUCAUCCACUGGAAGUCCCAGGUACCCCCUGUGUUGAAGCUGGUUAGCGAGUCCUGUCCCCGGCUCACCUUCCUCAAGCUUUCCGAUUGCCACGGUGUGACUGCUGAUACUCUGACCAUGCUAGCCAAAGCCUGCCCCCAGCUCCACAGCCUGGACAUACAGCACUCCAUGGUGAGCCCAGGAGUCCCCAGGGGCCCCAAGGAAGCCUGGGCUGAGUUGACUGGUACCUCUGUGCUGGGUCUCCAGGUGGAGUCCACGGCUGUGGUAAGCUUCUUGGAGGAGGCGGGGCCCCGAAUGCGGAAGCUGUGGCUGACCUACAGCUCCCAGACAACAGCUAUCUUGGGUGCACUGCUGGGCAGCUGCUGCCCACAACUCCAGCUCCUGGAGGUGAGCACCGGCCUCAGCCACAACAGCACUCCCCUCCAGCUGCCUAUCGAGGCCCUGCAGAAAGGCUGCCCCCAGCUGCAGGUGUUGCGGCUGCUGAACCUGAUGUGGCUGCCCAAGCCUUCCGGGCGAGCGAUGACUCCUGGCCCAGGCUUCCCCAGCCUUGAGGAGCUCUGCCUUGCCAGCUCCACCUGCAACUUUGUGAGCAACGAGGUCCUGGACCGCCUGCUCCACGGCUCCCCUCACCUGCGCUUGCUGGAUCUCCGCGGCUGUGCUCGAAUCACACCUGCUGGCCUGCAUGAUCUCCCAUGUCAGGAGCUGGAGCAGCUUCACCUGGGCCUGUAUGGCAUGUCGGACCGGCUGACUCUAGCCAAGGAGGGCAGCCUUCUGUUAACUCAGAAGUGGUGCCACACUCUGCAGGAGCUGGACUUGAGUGGCCAGGGCUUCAGUGAGAAGGACCUGGAGCAGGCCUUAGCUGCCUUCUCAGGCACCCCUGGGGGCUCGCACCUGGCACUGUGCUCCCUCAACCUCCGGGGCACCCGGGUCACACCGAGCACUGUCAGCUCUGUGAUCAGCCGCUGCCCAGGCCUGCUGUACCUCAACCUGGAGUCCUGCCGCUGCCUUCGCCGGGGCCUGAAGCGGGCCUACAGGGGCCCAGAGGAAGUCCGGUGGUGUCUGCAGCAGCUGCUCACCAGCCUCCCCGCUCCCAGCUAGGCAGCUCCAGCCGGCCAGCCCCGCCCUGACCCCGUUCCCAGUUUUGGAUGUGUGAUUAUUUUGUUACAAUAAAACAUUUUU